GAUUUUGUUGUAGGCAUGGCAAAGUGGAGUUUGUUGCGCAGCCCUGCAAUGCCGCCCCUGUCCUGUAUAGAAGAGCUGACCACAACAGGCAUACGCUGCAGCAGCAGUAUGCCUGUGAUCAGACAGGCGUAUUCAGAGAGUGGCAGCAUGGUUCGACCUUUCAGUGAGAUUCCUGGACUGUGGAAGAGCGGGGUGGCCAACUUGUACAACUUUUGGAAACUGGAUGGCUUCAGAAACAUUCACCGCAUCAUGUUGCAGAACUUUAACACUUUUGGACCCAUUUACAGAGAAAAAAUAGGCUACUAUGAAAGUGUUAAUAUCAUCAACCCUGAGGAUGCUGCCAUCCUAUUCAAAGCAGAGGGCCAUUAUCCUAAGAGGCUGAAAGUUGAAGCAUGGACAUCAUACAGAGACUACAGGAAUCGCAAAUAUGGAGUUUUACUGAAGAAUGGGGAAGACUGGAAAUCCAACCGUGUUAUCCUCAACAAGGAGGUGAUUUCCCCUAAAGUGCUUGAGAACUUUGUGCCUUUACUGGAAGAAGUGGGCGAGGACUUUGUGGCAAGAGUUCACAAAAAAAUACAGAGAACAGGCCAGAAUAAAUGGACCACUGACCUCUCUCAAGAACUCUUUAAAUAUGCUCUUGAGUCCGUGAGCUCAGUGCUGUACGGGGAGCGCCUGGGUUUGAUGCUUGACUACAUUGACCCUGAAGCUCAACAUUUCAUUGACUGCAUCACCCUCAUGUUCAAGACUACCUCACCCAUGCUGUACAUACCUCCUUCCCUGCUGAAGCAGAUUGGUGCAAAGGUGUGGCGGGACCAUGUGGAGGCCUGGGAUGGCAUCUUUAACCAAGCGGAUCGCUGCAUCCAGAACAUCUACAGGCAGCUACGCCAGGACACUGGCUCUUCAAAGAAAUACCCAGGAGUCCUUGCUAGCCUGCUCAUGCUGGACAAGCUGUCCAUUGAAGACAUCAAGGCCAGCAUCACUGAGCUGAUGGCUGGAGGUGUAGACACCACUUCCAUAACCCUGCUGUGGACAUUGUAUGAACUGGCUCGUCACCCCAACCUCCAGGAGGAGCUGAGAGCAGAGGUGGCUGCAGCUCGGGCUGAGAGCCAGGGAGACAUGCUGGAGAUGCUGAAGAGGAUUCCACUGGUGAAAGGAGCAUUGAAGGAAACACUCAGAUUACACCCUGUUGCUGUGAGCUUACAAAGAUACAUUUCAGAAGAUAUCAUCAUUCAGAAAUACCACAUCCCAGCUGGGACACUGGUGCAGUUAGGGCUGUAUGCAAUGGGAAGAGACCCCAGGGUGUUUUUACACCCAGAGCAGUAUCAGCCCUCUCGCUGGCUAAGGACAGAGACACACUACUUCAGGAGCCUGGGCUUUGGCUUUGGCCCUCGUCAGUGUUUGGGAAGAAGGAUAGCUGAGACGGAGAUGCAAAUAUUCCUAAUCCAUAUGCUAGAGAACUUCAGAGUGGAGAAACAGCGCCAUGUGGAAGUGCAGAGUACCUUUGAGCUCAUUCUCUUACCGGAUAAGCCAAUAAUCUUGACUUUGAAACCUCUGCAUGCUAAUCGGUAACAUAAAAUAUAUGAGAACAAUAUAUCUAACACGAAGUAACAUCUUCAAAAAUUAGAUGCUGAUGGAGCUAAAGAAUAAAAUAUUAGGAAAGAAAAAUCUUAAAAUAAACAUGAACCUGAUACCUCACUUAUUCCAUUAACUAGCCAACAGAAAUAAAAGCAUGUGCUGGAUAUUACUGGAUUAGAAAUCUGAGUGAGGAUGGAAAUGUGUAGCUUGUGUGUACCAUUUAUUGAAGAAUAUUGAAUGUACAGAGCCUAACAAACUAGCUAUAUAAACCAGCGAUAAAUAAAACUAUACACCUUC